UAGCCACUCAAAGUUGUCCUCAUUAUUCAUUUAGACACCUCAACUACACCUAGUACCUAUUGAACACCUCUACCACCCCAGAUUUGAACCAUCUAAGCAUUUUUUGCCUACAUGGCAAAUCGUUUGUGAUUCACGCAAAUCAGGCGCGUGAAUUGUUUUUUCUCCCAUUUUUUACCCUGCAUUUAAGACAUCCAACGUUAACUUGGAUAUUUUAACAUUAAAAUCUUCUUCUUCCCCCAAAUACAUUUUAGAACCCUAAUCCCCAAUUCUCUCUUCUUCCUCUAAAUAUCCAACGUUUCUCUCUUCUAAAUCAGUUGUGUUUUAUCAAAUGUCACAAAGUUCAGUGAAUAUCGAGGAAGUCGAUGUAUGUAAGUGUGGUUAUUAUUGUCGACUGAAAACUUCGAGGACUCCAUUGAACCCAGGUCGUCGAUUUUUUGGAUGCAAAGCAUCAAAGGAAAAUGGUGGAUGUGGCUAUUUUAGAUGGAUUGAUCCGUCACUUGAAAAUGUUGAUGAAUCAUCCUUAAUGAAUAGAUUCAUAGAUGGUCAUAAUCCGAUUGAUCGACUAAAGAGAAAAGUGAAAGAGCUUGAAGAAGAAAGGGAUUCUUUGAAAUUUCAAUUGAAUGAAAAUGAAGAGAAGAUGAUGGUAUUGAACAAGAAGCUCAAGGAAGUUAAACUCCAAAGGGAUUGGGAAAAUGUCAAAUUUAACCGAGUUGUGAUUGUUUUUCUUUGUCUGCUAACUAUAAAAUGGUUCUUUAAUAUUGUGUAGUUCAAAAUUGUAGUACUUAAUUGUUUAGUUUUGCAGUAGUUAGGAGGCUAUUUCACGUAAUUAGUGUUGUACUUAAUUGGUCUGUUAAGUUCAUAUUUUAUAUCAAAUUGGAAGUUUGAAUGUGAAUUGA